AUGACUGCGUGGAACUUGUUCAGGUACAUGGGAGACAUCUCCCACCUCCUGUCGAAAUGCAUCCUGAUGUUUGCGAUACACCGCAACAGAAGCGCUGAGGGUGUGUCCCUCAUCACCCAGGGCUUGUACGCCAUCGUCUUCUGCACGCGCUACCUCGACUUAUUCUCCCAACAAACGCCAUGGAACCUCAUAUUCAAGCUCUUCUACAUAUCAUCGUCGUUCUACAUCAUUGGGGCAAUGCAGUGGAUCUUCCCCCGCACCAGAGAGCGUGAGAUCUCCUGGAAGGUCGGCGCCGGCGUCUUUGCCGGCUCGCUGCUCUUGUCCCCCUUCGUUAUGAUGAUCUUCGAGGAUUGGUGGGGGUUCAAAGUCUGGCUUUGGGUCUUUUCUCAGAUCCUCGAGUCCACCUGCAUCCUGCCCCAGCUCCUCCUCUUACGCCAGACGACUGUGCCGACCGUCAUCGACUCCUUCUACCUUGUCACACUCGGUUCCUACCGUGCCUUCUACCUCCUCGGCUGGAUCACCCGGGAGCUUGACAUCAAUGACAAGGAUCCCAAUACGGUCUCGGUCAUCUUCGGCAUUGUCCAGACAGCCCUGUACCUUGACUUUGCUUGGGUCUACUACACUCGCCAGCGCGUCAAGCUCCGUAACGGUGGCAUCGUCGACGCUGACGACCUGCGCCGCGGCUGGUUGCUCAACAGGAUCUUUGGCAAGCGCAUCGAUGUGCAAUCUGACGACGAGGAGAGCGCACCGGCGCUCGGUGAUGACGAUGGCCAGACUCGCCGCGGCGGUCGGCCCAAGUGGGGUGCUCGCGGCAUCUCCGUGAGUGCCGACGAGGGCGUCCUGGACACCGAUAGGGAUAACCAGCGCCAGGCCGAGGAGCUCGACGGUGUUGUCGACCCCGAUGCUAAGAUGAAAGACCCGGAUGAGCUUGCUCGUGUAUUGGAUGACGACGACGAUGAUGACCCAAACCGGGCAUCCAGUAGCAGUGGCACGCCCAAUGGAAUCGACAACGGUUCGGAGUGGCGCAACUAG